AUGAACAGACCGCCACAAGGUCACGGUCAGCAACGGCCAGGUGCAACAUGGUAUCCAGGGGGGCAAGAUGACUUCUACAUGCCAGAGGUCAUAUCCCCAUCUCCUCAAAGAGUGAUGCCAGAGGUUCCGGAGAACAUGCAGGACAAUAUUGCUCAAAUGGAAUACAACACUCACGACCCCCGCCGCGGCCAACAAUCCCCCGCGCAAUACCAACGUGCCCAGGCCCAGUAUCCCGAGCGCACUUCCUCCGCCGCCCAAGGACCACCGCAACACAACGAGUUUCAUGAUCCGAGUUCCUACGCGCAGUCCGCGACUUACGACAGCAUGGAUCAUCCCAACUUCUCGCCCUUCCCGGUUCUACGAAACCCACCGCCUAAUGUCCCACCCACCGAUGAACAGCGCGAGGCGAAUUUGGAGCGCGCGCGAAUGGCCGUGCUCUCGACCACGGAUCCAGAGAUGCAACUGGCGUGGGCCCUGGACGCCCUCGCCUUUGUUGAGGUCGCCGCGCAAAACGAAGCCCGUCUCUGCUUGACCCAACCGCCGCGCCCGCAGACCCCGCAAGUUGAGCGCCAGCUACGAGUCGACGCGAUGAACAUCGUCGGCUUUCUGGCCGAGCAGCGUCACCCCAAAGCGGAAUUCAUCAAGGGCAUGUGGCUCGAGUUUGGCAAAUUUGGCUGUCCCGUCGAUCGCAAGGAGGCAUUUCGAUCCUACUCCCGAGCCGCUGAGAAGGGAUAUGCGCGUGCCGAGUACCGGAUCGGAAUGCAGUUUGAGAGCUCGGGCGAGCCAGAGAAGGCGAUCAAACAUUACGAGCGGGGUGUUGCGCGGGCGGAUUCUGCCUCAUACUAUCGCCUGGGAAUGAUGAUUCUUUUGGGACAGCACGGUCAACGCCAGGAUUUCAACACUGGAUUGGAUUACAUUCGGCUGGCAGCGCAGUCGUGCGACCAGAACGCACCUCAAGGUGCAUACGUAUAUGGUAUGCUCCUAGCUCGGGAGCUCCCUCAAGUGAGCGUCCCGGAAAGCUUCCUACCCCUUGAUCUCAAUUUGGCACGUGUCAAUAUCGAAAAAGCUGCAUAUCACGGAUUUGCCAAGGCUCAAGUCAAGAUGGGUGCUGCCUAUGAACUCUGUCAACUCAGCUGUGAUUUCAACCCUGCGCUGUCUCUGCAUUAUAAUGCACUGGCAGCCCGCCAGGGCGAGCCCGAAGCGGAGAUGGCGAUCAGCAAGUGGUUCCUGUGUGGGCAUGAAGGCGUUUUUGAGAAGAACGACGAGCUGGCAUUUACAUAUGCCCAACGUGCGGCUCAGAGUGGCCUUCCGACCGCUGAAUUUGCUCUGGGUUACUUCUAUGAAGUAGGUAUCUUCGUGCCGGUGGAUAUCAAGGAAGCUCGCUCUUGGUAUGCCAAGUCCGCCGCCAGUGGCAAUAAGGAUGCGUCUGGUCGGAUUGAAAGCAUCUCACGCUCUAAGACCCUGUCCAGAAAGGAUCAUGAGAAGGUCGCCAUCUCACGUAUCAAGUCGACGCGGUAUACAGCUCACCAGCGAGGCGCAUCUUUGGAACCAACUCCAGAGAAUAUCCAAAUGCCAGAUCCUACGCGAAUGAACUUGUCGGACAGCCCGCCAUCUGCGGCACCUUAUCCCGAUCGUCCUCAUUCUACACGUCCGCGGCCCCAGCAGGGUUACCAGCUGUCAGACACCCGACCAAGCUCGGCUUUCGGCGUCAACCCCAACCUUCGAUCCAAUGCACCUUCAGGUUACGGCGGCCCACCUCCUCCGGGCCCUGGAUCUCGCACCCCAUCAUAUGGACCAGGUGGACCCAUAAACUACCGCCAGUCAGGCCCUGGAACUCCUGUCAGCGCCCCUGCUGGACCAGCAAGUCCCCAGCCCAAUAACAUGAUCAGUCCCGGUGGGACUCCUCGUCUUGAUAUUGGCUAUUCUGCGCCAAUGCCACCUCCCGGCGGACGACGCCCACCGCCUCGACUUGAUUCGGCUCCGGAGCGCAAGCCCAUGAGACAUCCUGUCUCCGGUCACUCCGGGCUACCCUCCCCCGGGAUGCCAUCUCCUCGUCUGCCGGGCUCUCCUUCAUUCCCCCCACGUAUGGAAUCUCGACAACCGUCUCAUGGCUCGGGUGCAUCCACACCUCAGGCGCCACCCUCGGUUGCAUCGUCGACUUCAUCCGCGCCGCAGCAAAAGCCCGCGAAGCCUGCCCCGCCACCAAGCAAAGGACCCAAGACAUUUGAAGAAAUGGGUGUUCCUAGUGCCAAUAAAGACAGUGACUGUGCCAUUGAUGUUUCUGCAAACCUUCACAAUAAGGUGACCAAAACACAAGCCGCAAAGCUUCUCCGGGAUUUGCAUGAGAAGAAAGAGAUCGAAGGACGGAUUUCUGGCAAACAAACAGUCUAUCAUGCUAUACAGGAUCCCUCGGACAGCAUAACCCCCGAGAUAGCUGCAGCUCUCAAGCUUGACAUCGAAAGGCUCAAAAGUCAGUUGUCAACUAUAAAGGCAAAUGAGAAAAUGGCCCGAGCAGCCUUAGCAUCCCUGCAUGCAAAGCCCCGAGUGUCCUCUCUCCGGCAGGACAUCAGCCGCCUUGAAAGUCAGAAUUCAAUGAUCCAGGCCCGUCUAGCAAGUCGCCAUGAGGGGGACUCGAUUCAAAUGUCAUCAGCAGAGAGAGAAACGCUUGAAAAAGAAUGGGGAAAAUGGCAACGGCAUGUCAGCGUGCGUCGUCGGAUAUGUCGCGAGCUGUGGGGACAUUGCUCUGAGGUCCUUCCGGAGGGCAUGACCGCGUCCGAGCUGUGGGAAUCUUUGGGGCUUGAAGGAACGCUCCAAUAA